GCAUUGUCCUCUGAUUGCCCCAAGAUGAAUCAGAGAAGUUUCUUCAUUUGAAGUCAAAGGUGAGGCCCUAAGGGCCUUAUAAAAACCUCCCUGGCUCAGAGCUCCUCACCAGUGCUGGCUUCUGCUACCGUUUCACACUCCUGUGCAUUGAGGGUUAGCGUGAGGUGGGAAAAUGACGAAGCUGGAGGAGCACCUGGAGGGGAUCAUCAACAUCUUCCAUCAGUACUCAGUUCGGGUGGGGCACUACGACACCCUCUCCAAGGGGGAGCUGAAGCAGCUGAUCACCAGGCAGCUUGGGAACACCCUCAAGAACACCAAAGAUCAGGCCACCAUUGACAAAAUAUUCCAAGAUCUGGAUGCUAAUAAGGAUGGACAGGUCAACUUUGAAGAAUUCAUAGCCCUGGUGGCCAGAGUGCUGCUGACUGCCCACGAGGAAAUCCACAAAGAGUAGGAAGCCCCGAGGGGCUCUUCCCAGUGAGCCCCCACAAAGACUCUCCCCACAUUAAUAAAUGUGCCCUUGAGAAGUUCUUAA